GGCCCGCGGCAUGUGCCACCGCGCCGCCGCCGUGCCGCGGGUGAUCCCGGAAGCCCGCCGAGGACUCUGGGCGGCGGCCGCCUUCCUCGGGCGGCCGGCCAUCGGGGCUCUACUGUGCAGGGCCCCGGGACUCUGGCCCUGGCUGCUCCUCCACGGGCUCCGGGCUCGGGCGCGAGCCCCGGCGCUCGUGCUCGGGCCUCCCCCCCGCCAACGCGACGAGGCUGAGCUCGACGGCGCGAGGGGAGGCGCCGCCCUCCAGCCGGGCCUCCGGGCCGGCUGCCCCGCGAGGCCCCGGGACGGCCCGCCCGGAGAGCCUCUCGUCGAGAGCUCAGCCCCGCCGGCCUCGGCAACUGCGGCCACGGGCGAAGCCGGGCUGAGCGAGCUCGGACGCCCUGCGGCGUCUGAAUUCGAGUGCCCUACGGCGUCUGCAGGCCUACGAUGUUGCGGCGUCUGCGCGUGAAAAUCGCCUGCUUCCCAACUGAUGGGAAGGGGACUCCUCUCUACUGCAGCUGGCCAGGGAGGAGGAGGAGGAGGAGGGGGAGGAGAGGGAGGGAAAUUGGAAAGCGGGCGCAGGAGAAGGGAGCGCCCUUCGGUCUCCAAGUGAUACGUACCAGCUGAAUGAUCCUGGCGUGUGAGCCCUCCAAGCAACUACUUGAGAAGUGGCAGCCCCUGCGCGUGGCACCCCAUAUGUGCGUGGGUGCCGAUGCGUGAGUGGAAACCAAAUGGCAGCAACGGGCAGAAGCCAACACACCACCCAUGGGCAACGGACAAACCAAAGGGCAGUAACGGCUGGAGCUCUGCCGAAUCGGCUGAGACCCCAGAUGUGCAAGCACUGUGGCGGGCGACUGGCGCCGCGAGAGAUACCUUGCUGGCUCUGGUGGUGACAAUACCCCGCGGGUAGGGGAGGAGGAUGAAAAGGGUUCAGCCAGAAGAUUCGAUGCGAGGCCGUCCGCGCGGUGCUGGGACCAUGACCACCGACGUCGAUAAUCAGAGUCGAUGACCACCACUGUCAACCCUGGCUUACCUGGGCA